UCAUUCCGUCCAGGCUCCAGUCCUCCCACCGAUCUACCUUACCAUUCACCAGAUCUUCAUGGUCCAAGAACCAGAACCCCAAGCGUAACGAGCGCUUCGCCUAGUCUCUCGUUUGGCUUCCUCCCCCCUUCUUCGACCAGCUCUGACUUUGUAUUGGAUUCGACUACGGGUACAAGCGUGUCGUCGCCUGUGAGCCCAGCUUCGAGGAAUCCACUGGUAAGUCCAAACAGGCGUGCUCCAUCCUUGCACCUUUCGGCCAGAGGCAAUGCUGGAAGCAGAACGAAUACGCCCAAGUUUGCUGCAGUCCCGUCGGGUGCUCCGGCGUGGGGACUUGACCGUGAAAGGAUCGUCAGUGAUGUUGCUGCUCAAAUGGGUGGUGUGUUGGAGAAGAGUGCGGGCGAUAAUGUACCACCACCAAAAACGGAACAGGCAUCGGUUCCCCCGCUCCCUCCACCUGUUUCUCCUAAAUCAGAGAGAAGUUCCAAUGGCCCACCAGCUACGCCUCGUUUCGCUAUUCGCACUGGAGCGCCAACCCUUGCGGUCACUAACGCACUUGUUACGGGAGUUCUAACUACUUCUCCCUAUGCGUCGCCUGCGAGCCUUCUCUUCCAGGAUCCUAAUAUUUCUCCUCUGAAGGACACACUUCCACCACCUCUCACCGCGGUGACUGAGGAGGUCUCGCAGCCACACGUGGAAACAAAGCGCGACGAACAGGAAGAUCCAGCCAAUGUCGAUCGCUUGGGUGUGAUGGGACAACCUAUUAGCAACAGUCCAGAGGGUAUUACCGUGACCGUUAACUUGAGUAAGGACCCGCUUGUGGAUGCAAAUGAUGUGGGUGGCGUUCUGCAAACUGCUGGGGAUGAGCAUCAGGAGGAUGAGGUAAUUAGGACCCUGUCCGAAGACGUUACAGGUGGACACAAAUAUGAUGUCCAACCUGAUGUUGAUAGGGUCGUUGAGGCAACGGAACCUGGCGUUGUGCCCAAGGGUAAGAUUCAACAUGCUUUCCAUGGUUUGACUUCUUAUAAGCAAGAUUCUCUUUUCUAUCAGCAGAGACGACACCGGCCACAACACAGACCAGUCUCGUCGCAGAAGCUGAGGCAGACUACACGAUCGAAGUUCAGUCACCUUCCGUUCUCGCUCCUGCCACAUCGAAGCCAGUGGGUGAGGUCGGAGGCAAUGAUGCUCCGAAAACUGACCUCCCUGUCGCAUCAUCUAACACUGCUUCGAGAGGGGUCUCAGAGACCGUAAAGACUGUUAGUGCGUCUGAACCUUCCAAUAUUCACGAUAUCAGUGACGGAGCAUCGUUGCCAACUGCCAACGACGAGUCGAACGAAAGCACACUGGCAUGGGCCGUCCAAGUUGCUGCAUCAGGCGAGACACCCUCCCCGGCCGUUAUCAUCACUGAUCAAAAGCCCUCAAUU